AGUAGCAUGUGGUGCCGUAUAUAAACAUUGAGCCCAACCGCCACGGCAUUCAUUCUAGUUCCGAAAACCGUUUGCCGUGCCACGUGCUGCAACUCGAUCGCGAGCGUUCUUACUGAGUCGUCCGGGAAAGACCAACGGAUAGAAGUUCCUUUUUUUAGUAAUAACGCCAACAUACUAAAAACCACCCAAGAUGUGUGAUGAAGAUGCUGCUGCUCUCGUUGUCGACAAUGGAUCCGGUAUGUGCAAGGCUGGUUUCGCUGGUGAUGACGCCCCACGUGCCGUCUUCCCGUCCAUUGUUGGCCGCCCACGACACCAGGGUGUGAUGGUCGGUAUGGGUAACAAGGACUCGUACGUCGGUGAUGAAGCCCAGUCCAAGCGUGGUAUCCUCACCCUGAAGUACCCGAUUGAGCACGGUAUCAUCACCAACUGGGAUGAUAUGGAGAAGAUCUGGCAUCACACCUUCUACAAUGAGCUGCGUGUUGCCCCAGAAGAGCACCCAGUCCUGCUGACUGAGGCCCCACUGAACCCCAAGGCCAACCGUGAGAAGAUGACUCAGAUCAUGUUUGAGACCUUCAACUCGCCAGCCAUGUACGUUGCCAUCCAGGCUGUCCUGUCCCUGUACGCCUCCGGUCGUACCACUGGUAUCGUCCUGGAUUCCGGUGAUGGUGUUUCCCACACUGUCCCAAUCUACGAAGGUUAUGCUCUGCCACAUGCCAUCCUCCGUCUGGACUUGGCUGGUCGCGAUCUGACCGACUACCUGAUGAAGAUCUUGACUGAGCGCGGCUACUCUUUCACCACCACCGCUGAACGUGAAAUCGUUCGCGACAUCAAGGAAAAGCUGUGCUACGUCGCUCUGGAUUUCGAGCAAGAAAUGGCUACCGCUGCUGCUUCCACCUCCCUGGAGAAAUCCUAUGAACUUCCCGACGGUCAGGUCAUCACCAUCGGCAACGAGCGUUUCCGUUGCCCUGAAGCCCUCUUCCAGCCAUCUUUCCUGGGAAUGGAAUCUUGCGGAAUCCACGAAACCGUCUACCAGUCCAUCAUGAAGUGCGAUGUCGACAUCCGUAAGGAUCUGUACGCCAACACUGUCCUGUCCGGUGGUACCACCAUGUACCCCGGUAUUGCUGAUCGUAUGCAAAAGGAAAUCACAGCCUUAGCUCCGUCUUCGAUCAAGAUCAAGAUUAUUGCUCCACCAGAACGUAAAUACUCCGUCUGGAUUGGUGGAUCCAUCCUGGCUUCCCUGUCCACCUUCCAGGCCAUGUGGAUCUCCAAGCAGGAAUACGAUGAAUCCGGCCCAGCCAUUGUCCACCGCAAGUGCUUCUAAGCUAAUCCUGAACUGAACUGAAAAGCCAAAGAUCUACAAACCUAGACCCAUAGUAUUAUUAUCGAUUGUGUUUUUUAAGCAACGUAAUUGGCAGGCAAUUUUCAAAAGAGAUGUAGUGACCUAGCGACCACCCUCAUCGGAGAAAACCAUUCCUCGUGCGAGCUUUCGAAAAGCACCUGCAUGAUGGAACGCUGGAAACAUAGAAAGACAUCCUCCUUUGUGAUACCUACUUGGCAGAUAAAAAGAAAUACCAAUUGGUCGUAUAUUUUCAAACGAAAUAAUGAUUUCACAUCAACUUUAUCAGAGUGAUCUCAUAGUUUUCAAAACGGAUGAUUGUACUCUUUAUAAUUACGUGUAAUUAGCAGAUUUAAUUUUACUUAUAUUUAAUAAUUGAUGAAUAAACGUAAGAUCCCUUUUGUAAAAUAA